AUGACUAUCUCGCCGAAGGUUCGAACUGCAUCGACAUACGAGCCUCCUCCCGAUGCUCAAGGUCCUUGUCAGAUCUCCAAGAAGUGUACCAAGAGUAGUACCGGGGAGAUGCAGUCAAAGCCUGGGCCGCCAGACUGCGCCAGCAACGAUCUUGGUUGCAUAUGUGGAAAAGACCCAUCUAUGGACGACAAUACACUAUUCGAUUCACACUGUCUUUUCCAGGAGUGCACAGAUACCCUUGCGCGCCAAGCGUUUAUGGCGGCCUUUUCCAUGUCCUGUCUUGAGAGCAAGCAAGAUCUCCAGAACAUACCUAACGAAUGGAAACUUUUCGUGCGUUCAGAUAUUUCUGGCAACACUCCAACAGUCUCGAAUUCGGACAGCCUUACCACUAGCUCAUCAACGGGUGUAGUUUCCACUUCAGCAGCGCAUCCUACAAUACUGACUACCACUAUGACUAAGCCUGAAGCUACUGUUGUCAGUAGCACCACAUCAGCCUCCUCAACAACUACCGAUCCAAUAGAUUACGCGAAGCCAAUAUGCGCAAUCACCGAGAGCUGCCUAGUCGACCAGAACAGUAAUGACCCGUGCAAGCUCGAGAACCUCAAAUGUGUCUGUAAAUUCAGCAACUCCCUUGGCAGCAGUACAUACUUCGACCAGGACUGCCUUUGGAAGAAUUGCAUAAAUACUCGAGGCAGAACAGAAUGGUUGGAGGCUUUUGCAGCAGCCUGUAUGGAUGACAAAAUACCGAUCCUUGACAUCCCCUUCGCGAUGGCAGGUACUCAUGCCAGCAUGGUACGCCAAUACCACGUCGACUUCAACCUCGAUCUCCAUCUCGGCAGCUCCAUCUUCCACCACCAGUAUCUCCGCCGUGGAUGUGAAGCCAGUGAUCUUGAGCGAAGGAGUCAUCGCCGGUAUAGUGCACUAGCCCUCUUCCUCAGCCUCAGCUGCUGGGCCUGGCGCAACCACAAGAAAGCGAAGCGCAAAAGUCGUGAAAAUGCAACACUCGCCGACGCCAUAAAUCCCCACGGCGUUGCAGCAAGGAUCGACGAAAUAACGCACGGUUCACCACAGCACGCCAGCAUCCAUCUCGACGACAGAACCAAGAGUCCGCUCCAGCCUGCUCCGAACAUGCAACAUGAUUUCUACGGCAACUUGAUUCCCCGCCGUAGCUCCGACCAAUACGGCUACAUACCGCCCAUCAACCCCACCAUGUCUGAACUAAGCUACCAUACCAACCCAACCUACAAUCCGACUCCCUCCAUCGUCGAAGAGCACUACAUCCCGGACGCCAUUCCCGCACCCUUGAAUAUCCGCUCCCCUCUUAAUGCAAGCAACUUGCGAACUCAAAACGCCACUCCCAUCCCCCGUCACCAGAUUCCGGAUGUCUACGAAGCGUACAAGCCGCGCGCACUCAGUAGAAGUGAUUCGCGCAGACCCCGGCCCAAACAAAGCCAGGACAGUAUGGGGACGACGGCGGUGACGGCAAGCCCGGUGCAGAGGUACAGCGCGGACGGAUUUGGCAGGGCCGAGUAUGAUGACUUUGGGCAGAAGAUUAUCUAUCGCUAG